AAAUACUCUCAGCUCAUAGAUUACAUAAACGCAACUCCUUAGAGCGACAUUAUCCAAAUGAAAAUUCUUUCCACCACUGUUCCAGUCCAUACAAUUACAUCGCCAAGGUCAAUCUAACUGCGAAAUGAAAUCACACAACAUAGCAGCUAGCCAGUAGCAGUGUAUUUUCACUAUACAACAAAUUAUUAAAUCAACUGCGAAUUAAAAUAAAGUGGACAAAUUAAUGCUACACAAAACACCAACACGUGAUAAAAAAACAGCCUGUUUUAGGGAGAAUUAUCCUUUAACGGAAAGGGGGCGACCCGGAAGCACUUUACGACCCUUCACUUUUUCUUUCCCCAAGUAUUAAUUGUAACUCGGGAUGAGUUGUGCAAUAUAUAUGUGAAUACAGAAAUUUAGUCGCUGAUUCUUGUACAGCUGAAAACAAAUUCGACAACGGCGGAAAAAGUUCGUUUUCCUGACAUUGUGUUAUUGGACUUCUUAUUACUUGCUUUCUGCUUGGCUCUUUCAUGAUAACAUUUACUCAAAACCCAUUAUAGCAGAAACAGCUGUGAUGUUGUGGGAACCACUCGUCAGGGUUAUCUGCACCGGUACUUUACUAGACAUCUACGUUGAGCAGUAAACUUUCACUCUCCUUUGUGCUAUGGCUCCUAUGGGUCUCCGUCUUUCCCCUCUCGGGGUAGUUGUGUUCUGUCUUUUAGGACUUGGAGUGUUAUACCAUUUGUAUUCAGGCUUUCUUGCCGGAAAACUACCCAUAUUCAUGCAGGAAGACUCCGGUGAUUCUGCGGCCGGGUCCGUUUGGUUGUCCAACCCAAAAUCCCGGUCUUCAUCAAUGGUCGAUUUGCGGCAGCUGCUUGCGGCAUCGGUGGAAGCAGCAGUAUUAGGAGGAGACGAAGUAAGAAGAGUCCGGGAGCAGAAUACACUGGAUGAAAAAUCCAAAGGGAAAACAAAAGAAGGAGCGCCUGAACUUUACACUUUGGGAGACUUGGCAUCCCACAGGAAAAUGACCGGCUUAUUUAAACAUUCUUUUCCAAAUAUAAAGGUUAUUUCUGAAGAACAUGAUGAUAAAAUAGAUAAUGUUGUGUGGAGCAGUACAAUUCCUAAAGAAAUAAGCAGCAAGAUUUUGGACCCUAAAGAGGUUCUUGAAGAAAGCAUCACAGUCUGGAUUGAUCCCCUAGAUGCCACUCAGGAAUAUACAGAGAACCUCCGACAGUAUGUUACAACAAUGGUAUGUGUUGCUGUUGAAGGGAAGCCAGUAAUUGGAGUUAUUCAUAAACCAUUUUCUAAGUAUACAGCUUGGGCAAUGGUGGAUGGAGGAUCAAAUAUAAUAGCCCGUUCAUCCUAUAGUGAAAAUCCUUUAAAAGUGACUGUGUCACGCUCCCACGAAGGUGAAGGUCGUAAAGUUACCCAGCAGGCUUUUGGUAACAGCACCGUGAUCAUUGCAGCGGGUGGAGCAGGUUAUAAGGUUCUGUCCCUUUUGGAUGUGCCUGAUGACGAGCACACAAAAGCUGAUGUGUAUCUUCACACCUCUUUUAUCAAGAAGUGGGAUAUAUGUGCAGGAAGUGCUAUUCUUAGAACUUUAGGGGGACACAUGACAACUCUUAAGGGAGAAGAAAUAGACUACAGCAGUUCACCUUCUAAUUAUGAUGGGAUCUUGGCCAGUGUUAAACUCGACCAUAAAGCACUGAUUGAGAAGAUACAUAUUUAACCAGCAUAUUUAAAGUAGAAUGUUACAGCAUAUGUGGGAAUUUCACAGAUUUCCGCUGACUAGGAGAUACGUGCGACAGCGUCCUAUCAAGAUCUUCUGAUUACUGGUGACUUGGAUUUGUGAAGGAGUGUCAGGAAUGCUUAUGAGGUGCAUAAUACCUCCAUUUUGAAACUAUUGCACCUGAACACAGAGAUCGUGUUUGCAAAGUUGCACUUCGCAGCCAUUUGCAUCAAGCUAAACACUGAAAAGUGUAAAGUGUGUACUGUAUACUGUGAAGCAGUGUAUAUUGAACAUUAAGUUAUGUUUCAUUACUAUUGUAUAAUUGCUCACAAACUAAAACCAUGAUAAAAAAGUACAGCUAAGAGUUAAAGGAAACUGCAGUUAAAAUAGGGAAACUUCUUGUGAGUGCAUGUUUUUUUUUUCCAGGAAUGUUAUCUGUCUCAUAUUUUUUAUGGCGUCCUAUUAUAAUUCCAAAAUCCAGAGCUGCAAGUACUAGAAGUAUAGGGGAAGUGGGGGGUGCAGGGGAACAGUAAAUGACAGUCAUUUUUCUUUGAAGUUUUUUUUUCCUCAAAAAAAGAGAACGCUGUUGCAGCAGCCUUGGAGAAAAUUUAGAAGUCCCCAUUUUGCAUAUUUAGUCUUACUUUUCAUGGACUUGCAGUUAUGAGUAUCUGAAUUUAAAACUGUUAAUAGUAUUUAUUAUUACUGAAAUGGAACAAACAUUCUUCAGGACUGAAUUGCAAAUCUGUAUUAUCAAAAUUUGUGCUCUGUAUAGUUCUGAUUUACAGCAAUGAAACAGAAUCUGUAUUAUCAACAUUUGUGCUGUGUAUAGUUUUGAUUUACAGCAAUGAACCAGAAGUUUUCUCCUUGGAGUGUUAGUUAGUGGCUUUAAGUCUUGACAUUGGGGAUUUAUUGAAAAAUAUGCAGGAAUGUGGGCUUUGAGCCUAUAGAGUUUUUGGUUUGUGAUGCUGAGCUGGCCUACCUCUUUUCAUCCUGGUCCUAAAAGACCACCUGCUUAUUGUUUUGUUAUGCAUUUUCUCCCAUUAUCAAUUAUUGGUUAAUUAGAUAUAUUUCUGAGCUUAGUUUUAACCAGUGGGUUACACUACUAAAAGGAGACAGUGGCAGCCUUAUAGUGAACAGCUAAGCUAAAGCGUUUAUUUUGUACGUUUUGUAACUACCUGGUUCAGUACAUUUCUUGAAAAGAGGUUAAACAUCAGACUAAUUUUAAUGUAUUAAUGUAGAUUGAACUAAGCAGUGCUUUUUAAAUUAAAGGUAUUUUUAUGUUCCAUAUUUUGAAAGCUUUAUUUACAUAAAAUGACUUAAAAACGAACAGCAUUUGCAUGGUUUCAUGGAGGUCUGUUUCUCUGUUAUUUUGUGGUAACGUGCUUACAUUUGCUUUUUUUUACCUCUGAAGAUGAAGUAGAUGUUUUUCUGUUUCUGUGAAACUACUUCUUGUUAAUGGUAGAUACAUGCAGUGCUUGUGUCUUCCUUAAAUAUAGGAUAUACAAGUUUAACUUACUCACCUGACAGUCUGUCAAAGACAUGAGAAGAAUUUUUUUAAUCUCCUCUUGAUGAGCAAUGACUGACUGUGAUUUUAAUAAAUUAAUUAAUGUUUUGGUAGAGGUAAUAGAGUAUGACAGGUGCUCCUACUAAUGCAACCAUUUUCCUGUCGUUUAGGUAUCAAAGUACUUUGCUGUGAAACAAGUCCAUAUUGUUGAAGUGUGUUUUCAUAUGCUUCAAGUAAUAAAGAAUAUUUAGUUUCACUUUC